AUGCAUCGGAAUCAACUAUUUGGCGCCAGGGUGACCUUUGCGUACAACACCCUCAUUCGAGCUCAUGCUGCUUCCUCCCCUUUCUUGGCUCUUUCCCUUUUUUGCAACAUGCGACGCCAACCUGGCGUAUCGCUGGAUCACUUCACUUUCCCCUUCAUUCUCAAGGCCUGCUCUCGUCUCCAGCUGGGCAUGCAUCUUCAUUCGGUAAUUCUGAAGAUGGGUUUCGGCUCGGAUGUGUAUGUGCAGAACGCAUUGAUCGGUGUUUAUAGUGGCUGCGACAGGGUGGCAGAUGCUUUGAAGAUGUUUGAGGAAAUGCCUGAGAAAGACGUGGUCUCUUGGUCUUCGAUGAUUGCUUGCUUUGUCAAUAAUGGUUCUGUGACAGAGGCCCUGGCUCUGUUUCGACAGAUCCAGAUUAAUGGCAGCGUGAAGCCUGAUGAGGUUACGUUGCUUAGCGUGGCUUCUGCCAUUUCGAGCAUCGGAGCAGUGGAUUUGGGGACGUGGGUUGAUGCGUAUAUAUCCAGAAAUGGGUUGGAGCUUAUUGUUGCAUUAGGUACUGCCGUACUGCGUUGA